AUGUCCGACUCUCGCAGUCUGUCAACAUACGCAUACCCGUCGCCCGCUUCACACCGAUCAAAGAAUGAUCUCUCACUACGCGAGAUACUCGACACUUACAGGGACAAUAACGAUCUCCUUGCUCAAAUACUCGCCACCAAGGCUGAGGAAGACAAGCGCAAGGCGGAGGAGGAAAAGUUCCGAACAGAGCAACUUCGUUUACAAUGUAAACAGCUGGAUUUGGAGAUGAUGAGAGAACAGAGAAAGCCGCCAACAAUAUUUACCGGAGUUCCACCAUUGAGCUCAGGAUUCAGUGUUAAAUCGCCUUCAGAAACACAUAGUCCUUUCCUAAAUAUCCCCCCUCCUAUCGAUACACACUUUUCGGCAACAACCCCCACGUCGGCUCGUCUUUCACCUCCAAGUUCGGCUACACCUCACGAGAAUGUUAACUACGGUGGAAUAACCAACCCACAAAACCAUACGUACUCACGGCCAUCUCUAACGUUAUCCAUUCCACCAUUCCAAACACUUUCCUCCCCGACUGCAGGUCACUCUCAAAACUCUUUCUCUCAGGCUUCUCUCGAUCACAAUUACACCCAAUCGCCUACUUCAGCAACAUCCGCUCCGGUGACCGCCACUACAUCCACGAUAAGUGUGAAUUCUAAUAACAAACGUCCAAAACCGUCUGAGCCUGAAGUCGAUCAUGAGUAUGUAAUGGAGGCGCUACGGCAAAAAGUACGACAGAAUGCUGAGAAUCCUGCAAGGAAAUACAUGAAAGUGCUUAAACCUCGUAGUGUAACCAUGCCCGUUGGAUCAAGCGCCGUACAGCAUACUUCCCCUACGCAUCACCACCAUCAUCAUAAUCACCAAUUACAGCAUCCACAAGGCCAACAUUCACCUGUAAGUACCACAGGAAGCAACACCCCAGUACAGCAUAGUCCAAUCUCCACUACGACCUUGCCCCCUAUGAAUGUACAUUCACCUGGAAUUGGAAAUGAGCAGGGAGUUAAAUCGUAA